AUGGCUUGGAACAGUUACAGUAGAGCAGAAUUGUCAGAAUGUAGCCCUGGUGAGCCAAGGUCCUGCUGCCUCUUGUUUUCAUCUCUUGACAAGAGGCUGAUUUUUUGCCUGGAAAACGUGUAUUAUUCGGGAGACUACAACUACAGCUAUGACCACAAAGGCGAAAGCAACUGCUGUGAAGGGUUGGCGUGUGACCAGUUGAGCAGUAUACGAUUUGAGGGAAUCCUUAUCCCCACCCUGUACUCUCUGGCGUUGGUUCUGGGGUUGCUGGGUAACGGGCUGGUCCUGGCCAUUCUGUGGCAGAAGAAGCGGAGCUGGAGUGUGACAGACACCUUCGUUAUGCACCUGGGUGUGGCCGACACUCUGCUGCUGCUAACGCUGCCCUUCUGGGCUGUGGAGGUAACUCAGGGGUGGAUCUUCAAAACAGCAUUCUGCAAACUUAGUGGAGCUCUAUUUAAGAUCAACUUUUACUGUGGCAUUUUCCUGCUGGCUUGCAUCAGCCUGGACUGCUACCUGUCCAUCGUCCACGCCGUGCAGAUCUACUCAUGUGCAAAGCUCUGGGUGGUUCAGAGCAGCUGUGUGGCUGUCUGGCUUUUCUCCCUCCUUCUGUCCAUCCCUGAUUGGCUGUAUUUGGAGGCACAGAGGGACAUAAGGCGGGAUAACAGAGUGGAAUGCACCUACCACUAUCCAGCACCCGAGUGGCGUCAGGCUUUCCGUCUGCUCCACCAUGUGCUGGGCUUCCUUCUGCCAGCUGUGAUAAUGUUGUUCUGCUACUCUUGCAUCCUCCUGCGACUGCAGCGCAGUUCCCAGGGCCUGCAGGGGGCUGUGAGGGUGUUCCUGGCUGUGGUGCUGGCCUUCUUCAUCUGCUGGACGCCUUACAACAUCACCCUCAUGGUGGAUACCUUCCAUAGCAAUGGAUGGAGCCUAAAUACACAUGGGUCCUGUGACAGCACUGAGGCCUUGGAUGUUUCACUUGCUGCCACACAUACACUGGGCCUCCUCCACUGCUGUGUUAAUCCUAUACUUUAUGCUUUUGUGAAUGUGAAGUUUUGGCGCUACCUAGUGCAAAUGUUGAGAUCACUUGGCUCCAGACUGACGGGUCGUGGAGUGCCUGUGUCUGAAUUUGGAGACACUUCUGUCUUCUAA